UGUAGAUAAAACUGUUACCGCAAAGGUUUUGAUUAUGUUCGUUUUCUUUUAUAAAUAUAGCUUACACACAGGAAGGUACUGAAAAGAGAGUGGAAAAAAUCAUGUUAUUGACGAUAAAAGAAGAAGUAGAUGAAGUAAGUAAGUAAGUAAUUUAUUUUCCAUAAGUACAUACAUAACGUGUACAUACUGACUGUUGAAUGAAUGUUGAAGUUAUUUGUCAUCUCAUGUGCUUAUCACCAGAUGUUCUCUUCCCAGACCUAUCACAGCCAUUGGUGUGUGUGUGUGUGUGUGUGUGGUGGUAGAACUAUGGAGCGCUACACAUGGAACUCAGGGUCAAGAGAUAUGUAUAAAAGCCAGUGUCCCACGAAAGUGACACUCAGGGAAGUGAAUCACUCUCGAGACGUAACCAUGUUCUUGCUGGUCAGUUGUUUUGCUCUCGUGGUCUCUGCACUGGGGUGUGGAGUACCUUCUAUCAGGCCCCAAGUGAGCGGAUACAACAAGAUUGUAAACGGGCACAAUGCCGUGUCUGGGUCCUGGCCGUGGCAGGUUUCUCUUCAGGAUGGUCGUGGAUUCCACUUCUGUGGAGCUUCCCUGAUCAACCAGUACUGGGUUGUCACUGCCGCUCACUGCCGUGUGUCUCCUAGAAGCCACCGUGUUAUCCUAGGAGAAUAUGAUCGUCAGAGCAACGGUGAGCAAAUUCAGGUCAAGACCAUUUCCAGGGCCAUCACUCACCCCUACUACAACGCCCAGAACUUCAACAAUGACAUCACCCUCCUGAAGCUGUCAUCCCCAGUGCGGAUGGCAUCCCGUGUGUCUCCUGUGUGCCUGGCCUCCUCCAGCACCAACAUCCCCUCUGGAACCAAAUGUGUCACCACUGGGUGGGGCAAGACCGGCCAAACCUCAAGCCCCCGCAUCCUCCAGCAGACGGCCCUGCCCCUGCUCACCCCUACUCAGUGUAAGCAGUACUGGGGUUACAACAAAAUCUCUGAUGCCAUGAUCUGUGCUGGUGCUUCUGGAGUGUCCUCGUGUCAGGGUGACUCUGGUGGUCCUCUGGUCUGUGAGAACAGCGGAGUGUGGUCCCUUGUAGGUAUUGUGUCCUGGGGUACCUCCAACUGCAACGUGCGCACCCCUGCAGUGUAUGCCCGUGUGUCCUACCUGCGGCGCUGGAUUGACCAGACUGUUGCUUCCAACUAAAAUGCAACAACAUAAAUCGUCAAUACAGAUGUGCAUCAUUCUGCUAAUCACUGUGAUCAAUGAGUGAUUCUGCGCAAUAUUACAAUUGAUGUUGAAUGGAAGCAACACCUGGCUGUACUGCUUUGUUUGGUGCAUGUGUGAGAAAUGAUUCAUGCAAUAUAAAACUUGUAAUAACACCAAUGUUGGUUGUUUUCAUGUUUUACACAAACAAGGUAUGCUAAGCAGAUCAGAGCUGUUUUAACAUGCUCGAGUUGGGUUGCUAUUGUCUAGAUAUUUGGUAUAGUGGUCUCUAACUUCAUGUUAUUAUUGGUCUUACAUAUUUUGUAUCAUCUGCACACCUAAUGUAUUAGAAGACACACCUAGAAUAAACAAUUUGACAUUUCCCAUAUCCAAAUAGUGCCAUAGAUUGACACUUGUAUUUCCAAAGGUCUCCGUUCUGAAGUUAACUCUUUCUAAACGUAUAGAGCACAUGUUACAAAACAGUUUGUUGCAAUUGUCAAUGCUGCAUAUGUACAAAUGUCAAUAAAUCGGACACAGUAGACAACCCUGUACAUGAAAAGGCAAAGAAAUCCCUCUUUUCACAAAGUGUGUAAAUCAUCUUGUUCAAACUACCGUCAGCACAUUAACCAAAGUCCUGUAGUAGAACAAAUGUGUUAUUGCCCAAAUACUGACUCACCACUUAACUUCCUGUAACUGCCAGCAAUAUUGCAACACAACAUGUUUAAAUUGUGUUUAUUGUCUAACACUUAAUUUCUUAUAGAUUUGGCAUUACUGGGUCGUCACGCAAGUUGAUUGAUAUAAAAUACAAAAAGCAAACAUGCAUUUUAAAAGAAUGAAUCAUAUUGAAAAGCAAAUGUAGUUCAAGCUACUAUAAGUUGCCGUGUUGUCCAGUACUUGUGUUGAAUCCAUGCCUGCAAACUCAUGAGGGGUGAAAAAGGUGACAAGGGGACAACAAAGGGGGGGGGGGGGGGUGCAGGUUACUUUUUGUUGUCGCCACACCACAUCCACAUUGUUUGAUGACACCUCAAAGCUUUUAGAACUUCGGUAUUUUGAUUGUUCUGAUCGCAAAUCACAAUAAUAACAAACAUUUUUUUUAAAGGUCCUCUGAAAAAUUCAGUGAUCGGGCCCAAAUUAUAGUAAUUACAACUUUAAAUUGUCAUUACAUAUAAUAUGUUUUAAAUCAUUCAUGAACCAACUUCCUUUUUAUUGACUCGUGUGCUCUGCUGAGCUUUGAGCCUGUUCCAUGACUCUGUUCCAUCAGUCUGUUCCAUGACUCUGUUCCAUCAGCUUGUUCCAUCAGUCUGUUCCAUCAGUCUGUUCCAUCAGCUUGUUCCAUCAGCUUGUUCCAUGACUCUGUUCCUUCCUCUACCUGGUUGUCACGGUCCUAAAAUUAUAACUUCUAUACAAUACUUGCCAUAUCAUGAUACCCGAUACCAGAAUCAAAUACAAUAACAUAAAUACGAUACCAUAAAUAAGAUACUGGUUUAUUUAUCUACAGUAAUAAUAAAAUAGAAAACAUUUUUUUAAGCCGAAGACGGUCUCAAAAGCUCCGCAACUUAACGCCACUCGCUGUGUGAGAGCUGCACAGCGCAGUGCGUGGAGACAACAUUUAACGGAGCGGAGCAGCGCGUGCGCUCUGAUCGUGCGCUCUCUUAAUCAUGAAGUAUCGGUGCUAAAAAUAUGUAAAAUCAUAUCGUUUUUAACGUACGGGUACUUUGAUAGUAUAGAUCCACCGUGCAGCAUUACAGCAGUAGAAGUAGCGGGCUGACAUUCAAGCUAACCCUAACCCCAACCCCCCAAACGCUGUCGACAUCUUAACGCUGAUUGGCCAAGACUCGACACGUCCCAUCAAAGAUGUUUUAUUGUGAAGAGCA